AUGUUCGAGGAGCCGGAGUGGGCCGAGGAGGCCCCUGUAGUCGCGGACUUCGGGUCCAUAGCCUUAGGGCUUCGGCCCACGGCAGCCUCUCAAAUCAAGGGCUCCAGCCGCCGCCAGCUCUUGGCCACAUUACGGGCCCUGGAGGUGGCAUCUGCUCCCCAGCAGCCCCCUAGCCUGCCUGGCAGUGACUCUGAGGAGGAGGAGGAGGAGGCAGUGGAAACAAAGAAGAAACGCCUGAAAAGGGGCUUGUUUGCUGGUGUGUCUAGUGAAGUAGAGGAGAAAAGGAAGAAGAAACGUCACAAACAGGGCCCACCUAGCAGUGACUCCAAGGAAGAGGAAGUGGAAAGGAAGAAGUGCCACAAAGGGGCUCUUCUUGGCAGUGCCUUGGCUGAAGAAGAGAAAAAAAAGAGGAAAUGCCGGAAACAGACCCCUUCAAAUCUUGCCCAGCCCCUGGACAAUGUUGACCAAACAGAUUCUAAAGUUUGGAAUUCUCGUGUUACAAGUGACCCCACCAAGCCAACCUGUGAGAUCCCUUCCUCUAAUCCUCCCCAUACCUUGAGUCGCAAGCAAUGGCGGAACCGGCAGAAGAACAAGCGUAGACAGAAGAACAAGUUUCGGCCAUCUCAGCCACCAGAGCAGGCCCCAUCCCCAGCCCCAGCCCCAGCCUCUGCAGAGGAGGCAGAGGUGUCUUCUGCCCCCAGUCCAGACAGCCAUGGAACCCGGGCAGAGGCUCUUCGAGCCCGCAUGGCCCAGCGUCUGGAUGGUGCCCGGUUCCGCUACCUCAAUGAACAGCUAUACUCAGGGCCCAGCAGUGCUGCGCAGCGCCUCUUCCAGGAAGACCCUGAGGCCUUUCUCCUCUACCACCGUGGCUUCCAAAACCAAGUCAAGAAGUGGCCACUGCAGCCGGUAGACCGCAUCGCCAGUGACCUUCGCCAGCGGUUAGUGAAAAUUGGGCGCUGUGAGAAGCUAGGCAUGUCAGUUCCAGGCUCAGACCAGACCAGUGAGCUCUUCCUCCCUUCCAUUCCCAGGCCUGCAUCCCUGGUGGUGGCUGACUUUGGCUGUGGGGACUGCCGCCUGGCUUCAAGCAUCCGGAACCCUGUACACUGCUUUGACUUGGCCUCUCUGGACCCCCGGGUCACUGUGUGUGACAUGGCCCAGGUGCCUCUGGAGGAUGAAUCUGUAGAUGUGGCUGUGUUCUGCCUUUCACUGAUGGGAACCAACAUCAGAGACUUCCUGGAGGAGGCAAAUCGCGUGCUGAAGCCAGGGGGUCUUCUGAAAGUGGCUGAGGUCAGCAGCCGCUUUGAAGAUGUUCGGACUUUUCUGGGGGCUGUCACCAAGCUGGGCUUCAAGGUCAUCUCCAAGGAUCUGACCAACAGCCACUUCUUCUUGUUUGACUUUGAAAAGACUGGGCCCCCUCGGGUAGGGCCCAAGACUCAGCUCUCAGGACUGAAGCUUCAGCCUUGUCUCUAUAAGCGCAGGUGA